AUGAGGGUUGCGGUUCUUGGGCCCAAAGGGCAAUGCGGACAAUGUGUCGUCGACGAACUUUUAUCCAGGGGUCAUUCAGUCGUUGGCAUAUCCCGAACGCCCCCCAAGACAUGGCCCAAGGCAGGAACCUUUGAGUCUAUUGCAGUUGAUUUCAGCGACAUCAAAAUGUUUAGCACCGUUCUUUCCGAGGGAAAAUUUGACGCAAUUGUUUCUGCUUUUGGUCCUCCGUUGCAGGAUUUUAAGGAUGUUUAUCGAGUCGGAGUUGAAGGCCACGGUAAUAUUAAGAUGGCAGUCUUGCAAUCUUCCUAUCGUGGUCCAAUAGUCAUAAUUGGUGGCGCAGGCUCUUUGUACUACAAAAAAGGGGUGCAGCUGUGCGAUGAUAAUAUGUUCGCAUACCACCACUGGUAUCAAUGGCCCGAUGUUCACUUGGAUUACAUGGCGACACGCAUGUUUGACCAUGGCCAGCAUGGAUUUGGCAUGUUCAUUCGCGGGUUCAAAUGGGCUAGAAGCAAUUAUGAAAAUCCCGGCUCAAAACCCACGCUCACAGACCCGAAUUCCCUUGGCCUCAUCUUCUGCUCCCGAGCGGCCUUGACUAUGUGGGAAGGAGUAAAAGAUGCACAAUGGAGCUUCCUGUCUCCUCCUUGGCAGCUGCGUGAUAAAGGCAUCAGGACCGGUCAGUAUGAGCUCUUUGUAGAUGAUUCUGCCGGAUCGGCGGAACCUGGUAUCCACAAUGGAAUUUACAAUGAAGACAUGGCCGUGGCUAUCAUUGACGAAGUCGAGAACAACAAAUUGAGCCACAAGCAUUGGACAUGCACUGGACCAGUUGGCUUGAAGGAGUGGUAA